AAACACUGUCCCUGCUAGUUUUCUAAGUUUACUGCAAUCUCUGCACAGGGGGAGGGAGAGAGAGGGAGAAAGAGAUUACCAACAUGAGAGCAGGUAGAGAGUUUAGGGCAAGACUCCUUCGAGCUUCAACAACUGGUUUGGUCCUGUGAUGUGUGUGGAUGUGGACGGUGGAAUAAACCCAUAAGCUCAGUGAAGGCAGCCAAAGGAAUUUGUGCAACACAGGAAAAAUCAAACAUGAUGAAGAAUGAAGAAACGAGUUUCAAUGUGGACAGUACUGGAGCCUCUUCCUUCUCCCGCUGCCUGCAGCCGCUAAGCCCUGUUACAAAGCCACACAGAACAACUCCAUUUGGUGAAGAAUUCAGAUCGCACCUCUCACAUUUCCACUAUGGCCCUCCUCCUCUUGGAGAUAUAGAAACAUUUCAGGGGUCCUUGGAAGGAGGGUCUCGGAAACGUAAGAGCAUGCCAACAAAAAUGCCUCCUUCCGUUGCCCUUGAGGAUUCUUCAUCACCACCAGACAGACCUGAAGAUCGCAAUGAUAUAGGCUCUUCUAGUCUCCCCUUGGUGUUCCAACAGUCAGCACAGCCCAAGUACAGUUCCCAGAUGAUCGACCUCUGCAACUUUGGGUUUCAGUUCUACAGAACUCUGGAGCACUUUGGAGCCAAGCCCAUUAAGCAAGAAUCAGUGAAGCCUAACGUGGCAUGGCCCAGUAGCCCAGGUUUCAUGCAGGCUCCUUACCCUUAUUAUCCUAAAGUCCACCCUGGCUUAAUGUUUCCUUUUAUUGUGCCUCCAAACUUCCAUUUCAGGAACCCCUUUCAAAUGAAAAGACCUCCAGAGCCACCCUUCAGGAGGGCUGAAGUAAGAGAAAGUGGUGAAAAUAAACAAAAAGUGGAAAGAGUAGAUGUCAACCUUCAAAUAGAUGACAGUUACUAUGUUGAUGUGGGGGGUGAACAGAAACGCUGGCAAUGUCCCAUGUGUGAGAAGUCCUACACGUCCAAGUACAACCUGGUCACCCAUAUCUUGGGGCACAGCGGCAUUAAGCCACAUGCUUGCACCCGAUGUGGCAAGCUUUUCAAGCAGCUGAGCCACUUGCACACACAUAUGUUGACACACCAGGGCACUCGGCCACAUAAGUGCCAGGUCUGUCACAAGGCUUUCACUCAAACCAGCCACCUUAAGAGACACAUGAUGCAACACAGUGAUAUCAAGCCUUACAACUGCAGGAUCUGUGGCAGGGGUUUUGCCUACCCCAGCGAGCUGAAAGCGCACGAGUCUAAGCAUGAGAGUGGUCGAGAGAACAUUUGCGUGGAGUGUGGUCUGGACUUCCCAACCCUGGCCCAGCUGAAGAGACACUUAACAACCCACCGUGGCCCUAUACAAUACAAUUGCACUGAAUGUGAUAAGACAUUCCAGUACCCGAGUCAGCUGCAAAACCACAUGAUGAAGCACAAAGACAUCCGUCCGUACAUCUGCACUGAGUGUGGCAUGGAGUUUGUGCAGCCCCAUCAUCUCAAACAACACUCCCUAACUCACAAGGGUGUGAAAGAGCACAAAUGUGGAAUUUGUGGCCGGGAAUUUACUCUGCUGGCCAACAUGAAGCGGCAUGUCCUGAUCCACACCAACAUCAGAGCCUAUCAAUGUCAUUUGUGCUUCAAGAGCUUUGUGCAAAAGCAGACUCUCAAGGCCCACAUGAUUGUUCACUCUGAUGUCAAACCUUUUAAAUGCAAGCUUUGUGGAAAAGAAUUUAACAGAAUGCACAAUUUAAUGGGACACAUGCACUUGCACUCGGACAGUAAGCCUUUCAAGUGCCUUUACUGUCCCAGCAAAUUCACCUUGAAGGGGAACCUAACCAGGCACAUGAAAGUCAAACAUGGGGUUAUGGAAAGAGGAUUUCAUUCGCAAGGUUUUGGAAGAGGAAGAAUUGCUCUGUCCCAGACAAAUGUCUUAAGAAGCUUGGAACAGGAAGAGCCUUUUGAUCUUUCCCAGAAAAGCCAAGGGAAGGGAAUCUCAUUUCAUUCAGAUGGUGAGAGUGCCAAGGGAAGCUCAUGCCAGGAAGAAGAGGAAGACAACUGCUAUGAGGCAGAGCGAUACAGCCCUGCCAUGUACCACCAGGAUGACAAUAAGCUGUACAUGGCUCAGGAUCUGUCUGGCAAACCUGGGUGCAUGAUGAAGGACUUCAGAGAGUCCUACUGCAAUGAGAAAGAAGAAGUGCAAAGUGAGGGAGGACUGGAGAAGAGAAUAGGAAGUUCAGACAAACAGGAGAGCCAAGGAGAGAGAGACCUUGCAAAUGACAAAGAACAUAUCAGCUUUAGAUCCUUUGAAAAGGCCAGCAUUGGCCACUCUCUCUCUGAUUACUUAUAUUUCAAGCACAGGAACAAGAGCUUGAAAGAAUUGCUGGAAAGGAAAGUUGAAAAACAAACAAUGCUUAUAGGCAUUUAAAGUGGACAUUUGAAAAAAUCUGGAAAAUGGGAACUAGACAGCUUUUAACAUGAACUGUAAUUUGCCAAAGUCUGAAAGUUUGUAGUGGUCUUUAGAAACAAACAAGCCAGAUGAAUAAAAAUAAUUUGAGGUAAACCACAUACAUUCAAAGAAUAAAGCAGUUCAAGGUCACCAAGAAAUGCAAUACUGAAAAAUAACAUUUGAAGACUUAUCCAUUUAUGUUUAAGCAGACAAUGGGGUGGGUACAGAAGUUUAUUUUUCCUUUAUCUGGGGUGGUAGAGACUUAUAUGCAAUUUUCUAGUUAUCAAAGAGCAACACAUUCUAGCAUUUGAUUUAUUAUCUGACUAGACAUAUGAAGAUUUCUAACCACACAUCUCAGAACAAAAAAAAAAAAUCUGAGUACUAAGUAUUUCACAGUGUAAGAGUUAAACAUGAUGCACAUGAAAGUGCUGCCACUCUCAGAACUAACACAGUCCAAAUACUUUCAUUUACUGAAGUGACUGUUAGUUCAACCACAUACGAUGAGAAAUGGGAAAGAAAUUAAGAAGAAAUCGUAAUGUCUUGUGAUAUGGUGAAGGGCAGGACUGGAGGACUGGAAUUUAUUACAGUCACAGAAGCUUUCCCUCUGGCACAAGGGAUGUUUGUGCUUUGCCAUGUUUCAGUCAGUAUGAGAGUAUUCAUCAAUUCAAGUGAAAUAGCACAAACUGUGCUGAUAUGUUGUUCUACUGUCUGCUCAGACCGAAAUACAACGAACAGCAGCAGCAUGUAGCAUUUGCAAGUUUUGCUUUAAUUACACAUAAAGCAAUAUGAGUGAUUUCGUUGAGAAAAUGAUGCAAGUUUGCCAUUUAUCUCUUCAGUUUGUCUUGGCUAGCAAGGCUGACUUUAAAAUACACAGGUCUGAUUAGAUUUUAUUUUAGAAGAUAUGCCAAAAAAGAGCCCUUAUAGAGCAAGCAGUACAUCACAGAGGAAAAUUGUGUUUGUAUUUCCUCUUUACUAAAUCAGAAAUUUUCCCUUUAUCAACAUGGUUUAACCUCCAGGCCUUUCAGAAGAAUUCCAUUCACACUGUUUUUACUGAGUCAUUCCCAACUUUUCAUUUUUUGAUUCUCAUAACAAACGCUAAAAAACUACAUUCCAUUAAGAACAUUCCACUAGUUGCAUGAAUAGUUUGAUCAGCCCCUUGAUUCCUUCAUCUUCAAAACAGACUACAAACAGCUCCACUCCAUCCUAUUGCUUAUAAAGAAAUAAAGAUUUAAUAAGUCAUUUAAUUAGUUCUAUGUCAUUCAGACAUCGCCACUCAAACAGUUUAAAUAUAUAUAUGGUACAUCUUAUUCAAAUAUUAUCGCCUUCUUCACUUACCUGCCAAGGUCUUGAUUUGAAUUACCUUGCUAUCAUGCUCAAUACAUGGCAAGUUACAAUUAAAUAUAAUCAUAGGCUUAUGGCUUCCUAAGGCUAAAGUCAUGUAGCUGCAACUCUCUGCCAUUAUCAGAAACCACUCACCUUUCAAAACUGAUGAUUAUUAUACUUACCAGUUAAUCAAUGUUCACAGGGCAGCAGCCCUUAAUCAUCAUAUAAAACUGGAUGCGUGUAGUCUGAGGUUGCAGAAAGUAGUUUUAAUUUUCAUGGCUCAAACACAGUAUAAUAAAAAUUCUGAAGAGCAGAAAAGCUGUUGAUAAAAGAAGCUGUAACAUGCAGGUGACUCUUCUAAAAUGUAAUUAACUCUACAGCUGGCAUAGAGGGUAUGCCAAAUUGAAGUGGAACGUAGGUCACAUUAGGCCUAGAAUGAAUGGUAUCUUUCACAAUGAGAUAUAUUUCAGAGGUGCAUAUCCAUAUUUUUUAAGUGAUGAACUGUAUUGUCACACACAUUCAACUUACGUGCUUCCACUGGACAUAACUCCUCUUGGAAAAGGAGCCAUCUUUCUUUCAAGGAAGACACUGUGGUCAAGCAGAAGAAUCAGAAAAUUUUCAGAGUAGAGGGGAAAUGAUCAGGCAGAAAUUCAGCAUGGUCUAGGAGAUUAUUUGUUAGAAAUGGGAAUAAGUCCUUUGGUUACCUUCUUGUUAAUGUCUUGUCUCUGUCAGACAAAAGCUCUAUUUGAGAAUGUAUACAGCCAAGAUCUGGGAGACUCUGACUCUUAGAAAUCUCUCUCUCAAAGUGGUGUAGUUUCCAGAUAUGCAUGAGCCAAGAUCAGUCCACUCCACCUUUGCAGGCAUAAUAGUUCCUAUGAUAAGAGGAAUAAGCAAGGAAUCAGGAACCUGGUUGUAAUUUCUAGAAUGGUGAUCAUGCAAAUGAACUUAGCAAUUCCCUUCACUUUUGUGGUGGGUAAAGUGGGAAGGCAUGCAGCCUUUGCAUUGUAAAGCUCUAUUGUCUAUGCAUUGGAGAGCAUAGACAUAUCAUGAAUGAGACAAAUGUUACAUACCAAAAGCACUCCAGGCAAACAAAGCAGAGGAAACAUUUGCAGCAGAGCUCAGCUCACAGUAGAUAUCAUAACCACAAACCUGAUGUCUGCUGGAAAUAUGUAUAAAGUCCAGAGUUCCCUUACAGACUUCAUAAGGGAAAGUGCCAGACAUGUCCUUUGGAAAGGAAACAGAAUCAUAGAACCGUAUAACAGUAAGGGUUGGAAAGGACCUUAAGAUCACCUAGUUCCAACCCCCUGCAAACAGUUGUGGAUUGUCUGCGUGGUAAACCCAAACACUUUCAACCACGCUGUCACUACAGCCAAAUUACCCACUUCUACAAUCCUACUUCUCAUUGGCACAAAAGCAACUGCCAACCACAUACAGAUAGGUGGAAAGGAGUAGAGAUCCCCAGAAUGGCAAUGUUAUUUGGGAAUGAUUCGUAAUGUGAAUUCAUUUUCUUGCAUUCUUCCUAGAAAGCAGAAAAUAUUCCAUUACAAUGAAUCCUUGAGACUGUGCCCAGUCACAUAGUCACACAAAGCUGAUUUGCAAACACCCGAGGCUAAUUCAUGUUAGAGUCGUAAAGAACUCCUCUAAAACCGUUAAGUCACCAGUCAGAGGAAUUACAAACAAAACUAUUAGUGAGAUAAGGAGACAGUGCCAAGUGACCCAAGCAAAAAGGUUAGGAGAUGAUAGUCCUCCUUACUGCAGAACAUAAUGCAGCUGAGUCUAAGACACUUGUUACAAAGAGGCCCCAAGGGACAAAUUAAAAGUGAAAUAACAGUCUUCAUUGUGAAGCACCUUGCUUUUCAAACAUAAGUUAUUUUCACGCUAUUUACAUUGGCACCAUUUUAGGAACAGACAGUAACAGCCUUUGCUUUUUAAUAGCUUUGAAAAUGCUUUAUAGAAAUUUGCUCUCAUAACGAAGUUAUUUCCCAUUUCUAAUUUUCGAGAGAUUAGCUUCCUUGUUGUGCUUUGAAUAGAGGUUCAGAAGUCCUGUGUCCUGGACCUUAGGGGAUAUAUUUUCUUCUUUUUUUUCCUCCUUCCUAAUCUAUCUACCUUCUUCUUGCUAUGUUGUGGAAAAAAGGUAUUUGCCUGACUCUUCUCUGCUAUUUGGGUGUUCAGGUUGUGGUAACACAGUCUUCACCACCUCUGUAUUAAAUCACAUCCAUACUCUUUCCCCGUAUUAUUGUAAUACAGGGAAAAAAGCCUAACUUUAUCCUUUUGGAGACCACCAGUGCAAAUAAGAGUGGCCACGAACUCAUACAACCAAGAUGCUUUCCAAACUCAUAUAAAAUGAGAUACUUCAAGAAGCCAUGCUGAGGAGAGGUAAAUUGGCCACACCAUAAUGAGUAUGGGCAAGUGAACGCAGGUGGUUUAUCACAUUAGAGGCUUGUCUCCUGUUAAGGUCAGCCGGGAGAGUUCUGCAAGACACUGUACAAAACAGACUACAUGUGGAUGAAAAGUCAAAAACUGGGUGAAGAAAAACAACAUAUUUACUGGGAAAGAGAAGUUGUAGGUAACUCCAGAGCAAACUGUUUUGUGUCUGGCUAUCAGGUCUCAGCCAUCUCCUUGUUAACCUGAGUUCUUCCUGGCUGAGGACAGCCUCCAGCCUGUAAAUGCAAAGACAGGCGUUCUGUGUUUAGCAGCUCAAAGGACAAAACACUUAUGGUAAUAUUAUAACAGACGUUUAUCCUGUGCUGUGUCCUGUAAAACAAGUUGCUGGAAAGACCAAGUAAUGCUACUGCACCCACCUUUCUACAAUUCUGUGUUGAUCUACUAGCUAUUCUCCUAUUUCUCUCUUCAUAUGGUGCUGCUGGACUCUGCUAUUAUGAGUGUACAGUUAAGAAGUAAUAUAAGUACUGUAUUUAUUGUUCCAAGAAGUUUUUAAUAAUUAUUAACAGUUUUGAAAAUAAGUCAUGUCUGCUUAGCUGAACAAGAUGUAACAAAGCUAACAUUUUGUACUCCUAACAGAUUUUGCAAAUAAAGUGAUGUAUAUUUAUUUUGUGUAGAAUGCUGGGUUCCUAUUACCAUAGAAUCACAGAAUCAUAGAAUGUUUAGGGUUGGAAAGGACCUUGAGAUCAUUUAGUUCCAACCUCCCUGCAUUGGGCAAGGGCACCUCACGCCAAACCAUGUCACCAAAGACUCCAUCCAACCUGGCCUUGAACACUGCCAGGGAUGAAGCCUUCACAACUUCCUUGGGCAACCCAUUCCAGUCCCUUCCCACCCUCACAGUAAAGAACUUCUUCCUUACAUCUAACCUAAACUUCCCCUGUUUUAGUUUGAACCCAUUACCCCUUGUUCUACCACUAGAGUCCCUAUCGAAGAGUCCCUCUCUGGCAUCCUUGUAGCCACAACUCAAAAGAUGGACCAAAUAUCUGUGAAUACUCAGCUUCUGGCUUUAUAUCUCAGUAGUAAAAGAAUGUACAAUGUAUUGUAUAAAUUUAAGCAAAUAAAUAUGUACUGGAGAA